CUUUAAAUUUCACGAGAAUUGAAAUUACCAAUUCACCUAUUCAAGUAGUAGUAGCGUUUAGUCCACGAAAAAGGAUCCGAGAUCAACCGAGGUGUGCAAGUUUCACUUUCAGAACUGCAAAGCAGCAAAGCAACAGUUCCCUCCUCCGGUCCCCCCUUCAGAAAACCUUCGCUCUGUUUACAGUUGAUAUGGAGAAUCCCAAUCCGACUAUGAGCCCUAACCCUGACGCGAAUCAGCUUCCGGAGGCAGAUUCCUUGCCUGAUGGGUUUGUGGAGAGCUCCUCGACAGUCGACCAGCUGGGCCCGGAAACUCCAAAGACUGAGGACGAAGACAAGGAGCCGGAACCGAUUGAUUAUAAGGAGGAAAAAUUAGUGGAUCCCAAUUUGAGGCCUCAGUUAGUGGGUGAUGAUGACCUUGAUUUGGUUGAGGAGAAAAGUGAAGAAGCAACGGCGGUGGUGGCGGGAUCAGAAAAUGCUGAAUCCAGUCGUGGAAAUGCACAAGUCGAGGAAGAUUGUCAAAAUUCUGGAAAAUCUAAUAGUGAUAUCUCAGGUCCACAAGUUGAUAGCAAGGGGAUGUCUUCAUCAGGAAAUGCUGAAAACAACAAAAAAGCAGAGGCUACUGAAGGGAAACGUAAGAAUGCCAAGCGCACAUUUAAAUCAGAAAAGGAGUUUCUGGAGUUCACUUUAAAGUAUCAACACGUUCUUGCUGAAAGAGAUUCUGCCAUUGCUGUUCGAGAUAAACUUGAGUCACUGUGUCGAGAAUUGCAACGUCAGAACAAAACGCUGAUGGAUGAAUGCAGACGUGUGUCCACAGAGAGUCAGAAUUUGAGACAAGAUCUGUCAAACAAGUUCCAAGAUGCCAUUAAAGAAGUAAGCAAUAAGCUGGAUGAACAGAAAGAUGAAUGUCUGUCUCAGUUGAAAGAAAAUGAGAUGCUAAAAUACAAGUUGAAAGAACUUGCUGACCAAUAUGCACUAUCUGAACAGCAACAUGCCCAGAAGUUGAAGCAAAAGGAACUUGAACUUCAGCUUGCUGAUUUAAAACUUAAGCAACAUGAGGAGAAAUUGGUCCAGGAACAGUCACAGAUGAAAUUGUAUGCUGAGCAGGUGUCACAUCUAUUAGCAACUGAAAAAAAUUUGAGAUUACAGUUGACAGCUGAUGGAGACAAAUUCCAGCAAUUCCAGGAAGCAUUGAUGAAAAGCAAUGAGGUCUUUGAAACAUUCAAGCAAGAAAUAGAGAAGAUGGCCAAAUCAAUUAAGGAACUUAAAAAGGAAAACGCAUUCUUGAAGAACAAAUGUGAGAAAUCAGAUAUAUCUCUCAUAGAGCUUGUUGAGGAGCGUGAACUCCUAAAGAAACAGCUGGAGAGAACAAGGAACCAGAAGGAAAAACUGGAGGCUUUAUGCAGGUCACUUCAAGCAGAGAGAAAAGCAAAUUCCACUGGGAGCAGCAGCUCAGACGCAGUUUCAGUUUAGUUCAAUUGCAAACGCAGUUUAAACCUGUUGAGCUGCUAUGAGAAUCACAUAGGGAUGCAUAAAGGAAAGCAAAAAUCAUGUGGGAGGAGCAGCUUGGCUGCUGUUGCUGUUUCCAUUCGUGGCGGUGGAUUUUUGGAACGCUAUUCUUUAUCAUGUACUAUUGGGUUGCUAUUGUUUCUUCCUGUAAUCAAGUGGAGUAUGACGAAAAUUUUUUGGGGUUAUACGAGUCAAACUUAUUGUUCUUGUAUAUGUAUCAUUAUAUUAAAUCAAGCUGAAACAGAUUGUGUGAACAAAUUCAAUUCAGGUUAUGUGCUUUGUCUCAAAUCUUAGGAGAUAGGUGGAGGAAGAUCUUUGGGCAUUUAGUAUCUCUUUCAGCAUCAGAAAGGCUGUCAGUUUUACUAGCUGUCGGCAGAGCGAUAGUCAUAAUUAGAUUUGUCUUCGAGCCCUGGCUCUCCACUUGUUUUCUCAGAAACAGAAUCAUCUUUCUGCCCUUGUCAGAUGUAGCUAUCACACGCUAUUUUCUUUAAUUUUGGGU